GAAAGGUGUAAAGAGAGAGAGGGAGACAUCAUUAUUCUUCCAGAGAAUUUAUCAGCUUCGUAGCCAUGGAGGUUGAAACUGCGAACAAAGACAUAGGAGCAACACAGCCUAGCCCCCUGAUAAAGAUCGGUUUGGUGGCAUCCAUAGUUGCCGUCGUGCAGUUUGGGUGGGCUUUGCAACUCUCCCUACUGACCCCAUACGUCCAGCUUCUCGGCAUCCCGCACACUUGGGCUGCCUUCAUUUGGCUCUGCGGUCCCAUCUCUGGUAUGCUCGUCCAGCCCAUCGUUGGAUACUAUAGUGACCAAAGUACCUAUCGCUUCGGUCGUCGCCGUCCGUUCAUAGCUGCUGGGGCCGGCUUCGUAGUGAUAGCGGUCUUUCUCAUCGGUUAUGCCGCGGACCUCAGCCACCUCUUUGGUGACCGUGUGGAUAAACCCACGAGACCCCGUGCCAUCGCCUUCUUCGUGGUCGGCUUUUGGGUUCUUGACGUCUCCAACAAUAUGCUGCAGGGCCCAUGCCGAGCCCUCCUGGCUGAUCUCUCCUGGAACGACCAAAAAAGGAUGCGCACAUCCAAUGCGUUCUUCUCGUUCUUCAUGGCGAUUGGCAAUGUCCUCGGCUACACUGCCGGGUUCAUUUAAUGAGGUUUUGUUGAACUUUGCUAAGUUAGAUUUUAACAUACUGCAACGACAACACCAAAAGGAACUUGCCCAUCUCUCGAGGUAAUUAAAGUUCAUUAAACAUAUCGCACUCCAUAAAGUUGGUGUUAAUCUUGUACUUAUAGGCAUGCGGGAACUAUGGAGUAGAUUUCUAUUGAAUGUUUUGCAUGCUUAGGUGGUGGAAAGAUUUAGACAUUGCGAUAGAGUUAUUGUUUGCCCGAGAUAGAGUAGUGGAAUUGUACUUUGGGAUUUUGGGAAUGUACUUUGAACCCCAUUACGCUCUUGCUAGAAGGAUUCUUACGAAAAUAAUUUGCAUGACAUCAAUCAUAGAUGAUGCAUUUGAUGCCUAUGGUACAUUAGAAGAACUCGAGCUCUUUACAGACACAGUUAAAAAGGUGGGAUAUCAACUGCAUUGAUCAACUCUCACAGUACAUGAAAUUCAUCUAUAAAGCACUCUUGGAUGUUUAUGAAGAAAUUGAGGAAGAGACGUCCAAGGAAGGAAGGUGUGACGCCCCCAAAUUCCGUUUGGGAUUGGACGGACAUUUGAAGCGUCGAGACAUGCAACACAAGGUUACCUGCCCCCGUUCAUGACAUAUAAGAUGCAAUGUUUCUAACAUGUA